GACGCUGAACUCGAGAGAGUCCGUCACUGCCAACGGUCAAUCCUACAGUCUAAGUAGCUCUGUGUCCGUAGUUCCACCAGAAUCUCAGCAACAAUGAAGGUAUUCGUUACCGCUGCUGUUUGCACCCUCGUGGUCUGCGAAGUUUUCUCCAAAGAAGUCGCCAAGACGGAAAAACUUGAAGGGCGUGGAGGCCUUCUGGGUGGUGGUCUUGGAGUCGGUGGAUACGGCGCCGGUGUUGGACCCGGCCUCGUCAGAGCUGGUCUCAGAGGUGCAGGUAUUGGGGCAGCUGGACUCGGCAGCUAUGGCGGAGCUGGUCUCGCUGGCCCGGCAGUGGGUGGCGCUGGCCUUGUUGGCACCAGUGCUCUCGUUCUUGGCAACGGAGGACUCGGCUAUGGUGGCGCUCUCGGCUACGGUAAUGGCUACCAGUCUGGCUAUAGCUCUUCAGCCGGCGGCCACCAGGGAGGAUACCAGGGUGGAGCCAGGGGACUCAACCAGGGUGCCGCUGGCUUCGCUGGUGGUGCGUCUGCCAGCAACGUGAACGCCUAUAACAACAAGCAGGGUUACAGUCACACUUCAGGCUUUGCGGGAAGCGACAGCAAGAGCUUCGGCUCCGUACAGAAGCAGGGCUACGCUGGAUUCGGAAGCGGCACUGGCGGACUCCAGGGAGGAUACGGGCUGACGUCGUUCGGGCAGAACGCCGGCUCCGGCUUCGGCGGAGGAUACCUCGGCUAAAGACUGAACAUGCGUCAUCUUUUCCUGCUCUGCUUCGGAAAUUCUUGUGGUCACAAAUGAUCUCUGGCAGCUUCCGAGAACUCAAUAAAACUUCCUCCGGGACAA